AAGUGCGGCAAGGGGCGGGACCGCUGGCAGUCAGCGGCUUACCUCCGCGGCCUCCUUCCCCGCGGGUCCCGGCCGGGGUCCCGCUAGCCGAAACGCCCGCGAACGUCCCCGCGCGCAGCCUGCACUUCGCAGGCCCUGCCAGCCCAGGGUCCCCGCCGCCCGCCCCGCCCGCGCACCAGCUCAGGGAACCCCGGCGUCUGCCCGCCAGGCCGCGCCCGGUGUCUCUGCCCGCAUCUUCACUCAGCCUCGCCCCGCUGCCCGGAGCCUUUGUCCGCUUCCCCCGGUUCCGCGCCCGGCGAGUUUCUGCCCCACAGGGGGAGGCGGCGACACCACAGGCUGGGAACCGUGAGGACACCCUCGAAGUGAGCCUCUGCGCCGAAGUUCUAAAAGAUGAGUCGUGGAUAUUCAGAGAACAACAAUUUCUUGAACAAUAACAACCAAAUGGUGUUGGACAUGAUCCUUUAUCCAUUAAUUGGAAUCCAUCAGACCAUCAACUGGGAAACUGUGGCAAGGCUUGUGCCUGGAUUAACACCCAAAGAGUGUGCAAAAAGGUUUGAUGAACUGAAGAGCAGUGGAAGUUCACCUGUUGACAACCAGUAUAGUCCCCUAAUGGCUGCUGGAGAAAGUCCUGUGGAAACUUUAGCCACGUAUAUCAAAUCCUCCCUUCUUGACAUGCAGGGAGAAUUUCAGGAGACUCUGGUUGGUCAAGAUGCAAUUUCCAAAACUGGAAGACAUAGUAUAGCUUCCACAAGGAAUUGUUCUUCAGAAAGUGAAAAUUGUACUACUCGUAAUGGUGGAGAAAAGACUGAAGAAUCUGAAGGGCCAAACAUGGUGAUCCAUGUAUGUGAUGAAGCAAAAAACUUGAAAGAAGAUUUUAUUUGCCCACGAGAUCUUUUGAUAUCAGAAAUGAAGUACUUUGCUGAAUAUUUAUCUAUGGAUGCGCAGCGCUGGGAAGAGGUGGACAUUUCAGUUCAUUGUGACGUUCACAUUUUCAACUGGUUGAUAAAGUAUGUUAAAAGGAACACUAAGGAGAAUAAAGAUUGUGAGAUGCCCACUUUAGAGCCAGGAAAUGUCAUUUCAAUUCUUAUUUCUUCAGAGUUUUUGAAAAUGGAUUCAUUGGUUGAACAAUGUAUUCAGUAUUGCCACAAAAAUAUGAAUGCCAUAGUAGCUACCCCAUGCAACAUGAACUGUAUUAAUGCAAAUCUACUUACACGUAUAGCUGAUCUGUUCACACACAAUGAAGUUGAUGAUUUAAAAGACAAGAAAGAUAAAUUUAGAAGUAAACUUUUUUGUAAGAAGAUUGAGAGACUUUUUGAUCCUGAGUACUUGAAUCCAGAUUCUCGGAAUAAUGCAUCAACGUUAUACAGAUGCUGUUUGUGUAAGAAACUUUUAACAAAAGAAACAGAAAGAAGAAUUCCUUGCAUUCCUGGAAAAAUCAAUGUGGAUCAACAUGGAAAUAUUAUCUACAUUCACAUAAGGGAUAAGACUUGGGAUGUUCAUGAGUAUUUGAAUAGUCUUUUUGAAGAAUUAAAAUCUUGGAGAGAUGUAUAUUGGCGCUUGUGGGGAACAGUCAACUGGCUAACUUGUUCAAGAUGUUAUCAGGCUUUCCUCUGUAUAGAAUUUUCACAUUGUCAAUAUCACUCAGAAACAGUGGUUUAUCCUACCGCAUCAAGUUCACUGAGUACUGUUGGCACUGGUAUUUAUCCCUGCUGUAACCAAAAGGUUCUUCGGUUUGAUCCCACUCAGCUUACAAAGGGUUGUAAAGUGAAGGACCAUGUGGCUGCUCUUGAGGAUCAAGGUGAAGGUGGAGAUUUGCCAUCCUGCCCAACUGCUAAAAUACUGGACGAUCUCCACAAACACAAAGAUGUCAUCGUUGUGCCUUUUUCUAAAGAUACAGUUAGUGAUUUUGGGGUUGGUCCCUGUGAUGAAAAGAGUCUAGAUUGUGAUGUUUUACUGGAGCCAAAUACACCAUGGGGCCCCAAAAGUGUGGAGCUCAAUGCUUUUUUGUCACUGAAAAAUUGGACUCUGCAACUGAAACAACAAUCAUUAUUUUCAGAAGAAGAAGAAUAUACCACUGGAUCUGAGGUCACUGAAGAUGAAGUUGGAGACGAAGAAGAAAUAUCCAAGAAACAAAGGAAAAAGGAAAAGCCAAAGAAGUUCACAAAACAACCAAAAAAGCAGAUGUCUUCACCCUGUGGUCAGAAGAAAGAAAAGGCCCUAGAGAAGUCAACUUCUAGAGAUGUGUCUCCUUUCAUUGUGAGUAUGCAGAAGAAUAAAUGGGAUGCCACAAGAUCCUUGAGAUUCAACCAGGAUGCACAAAGGGAAGAUGAUCAGCGACGGAUGUCUGAAAUUACAGGGCACCUUAUAAAGAUGAGAUUGGGUGAUCUGGACCGAGUCAAGUCAAAGGAAGCAAAAGAAUUUGCAGGAGGUAUUUAUUCCAGACUCGAAGCGCAAAUCAAGGCCUCGGUGCCAGUCACUACACGGCAAAGCAGCUCAGAAAAAAAUACAAGGUCUAAAAGCCGUUUUGGUCCGGGGCGUCCUGCAUAAAGCACCUUAACUAUAACUAAAAAGAAGACACACCUCUGGACAUCUGAAAUUGCUCACUUCUUGAAGAUCUUCCGAACAAUGACUUCUAAAUGUUUUAAGUUAUUUGUUAAUUAUUCUUGCAAACUACAUAAAUCAUAACACUGAAGGAAACACAUAGUUAGGCCUUCUGAAACCUAAAAUUGUAAAUAUGAAACUUCUUAAAUCUGAUUUUCCUUUAAUGUGAUACUAGGCUAUGUAGAACAUUAGCAUUUACAAAUUUGCAUAGUUAAGACUCCUGAUAUUUGUUAUCCUUUUUUUAUUUGAAAGAGAGGAUACCUAAACUCUCAAGUAGCUAAGACUUUUUAAGACCUUAAAAAAUUAAGGGACCACAGCUGGGUGGUGGUGCUGUGCAUGUCUUUCGGACUGUAAAUCUUGGGAUAGCAUUGGGAACUGCAGCUUAUGUGAUGAAACUCCCAGUGAUGCUAAUUUUAAGUUUGCAUGAAUAUUAAGGAGUGACAGGUCUCCAGAUUGCAUUAAAUAAAUUUUCAGGGUGUGAGGUAUUUCCUGUGUUGGCCAGGAGGGUUAAUUUUUUUCAGCAUUAUUCCAUGGAAAGCACAAUGUUAAUCCAACUUGUUUUUCUUUCAGUUUCUAAUGCUUAUCUGUUGGUUAUCUGAGCUGAAAUUACUGAUUAUUACCUCUUGUUCUGUAACACUAGUGCCAUUCUGAAUGUGUUAAAAUAACUAUUGAUAGUUUUAGGAUCGUGAAUCAUUUCAGUUAUUUGAAACACCCACUGUGCAGUUUUCGGGGCUCUAAAACUUAACCAUAUUUUGAAAGCCAUUCAAAUAGCCCCUUCCAACAGUUAGUUAUUUUUUACUUUAGCAAUAUCUAGAAAGCAACAUUCCCAAAAACAUCUGAUGGGUGAAAAAUGGCAUGCAUUCAGUAGAAAUCAAACUAAAUUCUGUUUUAUAGAUCAUGUCUUAAUUUUUCUAACCAAGCAGAAAGAGUGCUCAGGGAAAAUUUGUUCCAAACCAUAAGCAUAUAAAAAAUUUUAUGUUUGGAAAUUACUUGUGUGUAGACCUCUGGAAAACUUUAAGAUGCACUGUUUCUAUUUUCAGUCUUCAUUUGUCUUGUAAUUGGAAUUUCUUCAAAUUAUUUAGAGAACAGGCUUUGAUAAUGUGUGACAGAAUGGCAGUCUCUAUUGAAAUACUGUAGUGCUAAACUCAUUUAACACAUAAAAAAAUCAUUUUAAGUGAGUGUUUUAGUUGAUAAAUGAAGCUAGAUGUUACUCGAUGUUAUAUGUGUGGCUUUUCCAAGUUUUUUGAACUUCUGUUUGCAAAUUUUGUUCUAGUUUAGAUGUUUUUCAGUUGUUUGAUGUUUUUGAAAUAGAUUAUAAAAUUUUUAUUUUCAAAAGAAAAUGUUUUAUGGAACAUGAUCUGUAAGCUCUGUUAAAAACCAGAGUCUUGUUUUUCUUACUGUAUUCUCAAAAAGGCUUAAGGCCUGUCCAUAUUCUAUAGGGCGGUGAUGGUCACUACUAGAAGAGGAAGUCUGCUCUUUAGAUUUUUAACUAAUGGUAAAAAGGCGAAUUGCUUCUCCCCUGGGAGGACUGUACCAGUGAAUUGAUUUUUACAAACCAGAAUUUAUCGGAUUUUGAUUCUCUUCAGAAUAUGAUUUUUAUUUUGUUAAUGUCUGUAAUAUAUAGCACAGGUACCAAAAACAUUGUAAUCAUAUUCUUAAUAGUAUUUCUUUUGCCAAAUACUUCAGAAGGGUUUUACUUUACAUUAAUUCUGAAUUCACAUGUCUUUAAUUGAAAUAAAUGUUAAUGUCAAGA